AAUAUGUGCCGCCGGCCCUCGCUUUCUCUCUGAUCGCGCUGCCGGCGUGCAAGAUGGCCGUGAAGAAAGACAAGAAGCCUAAGAAGUCAACCUGGAAGUUUAAUUUGGACCUUACUCAUCCAGUAGAAGACGGAAUUUUUGAUUCUGGAAAUUUUGAACAGUUUCUACGGGAGAAGGUUAAAGUGAAUGGAAAAACUGGAAAUCUUGGGAAUGUCGUUCACAUUGAACGCUUCAAGAGUAAAAUCACAGUUGCUUCUGAGAAACAGUUCUCUAAAAGGUAUUUGAAAUACCUCACCAAGAAAUACCUUAAGAAGAACAAUCUUCGUGAUUGGCUUCGUGUGGUUGCAUCCGACAAGGAGACUUAUGAACUUCGUUACUUCCAGAUUAGUCAAGAUGAAGAUGGAUCCGAGUCUGAGGACUAGAUGAAGCCAUCCCUUUCAGGGCUUUGCUUGCUAACAAAACAAAUGAAGUAUACAAGAGAAACAUCUGGAAAUGGACCUUCAGUUUAUCAGUGAAUAAAAAACAUUACUCUGUA